AUGUCCGUUACCCUGCAUACCACCCUUGGGCCGAUCAACGUAGAGCUUUAUUGCAAAGAGUGUCCUAAAACAACAGAAAAUUUUCUAGCAUUAUGUGCAAGUUCUUACUAUAAUAGCUGCAUUUUCCAUAGAGUUAUUAAAGACUUUAUAAUUCAAACUGGAGAUCCCACUGGAUCGGGUAAGGGCGGAACCUCCAUUUGGGGCUCCUCUUUUCAAGACGAGAUACAUGAAAAUCUCAAGCAUGACCAACCCGGCGUUAUCAGCAUGGCUAAUUCGGGUCCAAAUACGAAUAAAAGCCAAUUUUUCAUAACUCUUUCGCCUCAAGAACACUUGGACUCAAAAUACACCGUCUUCGGGAAGGUCGCUGAUAAAGGAAUGGAUGUAAUCCGGGCGAUAAACGACACUCCUGUUGAUGAGCGUUACAGGCCUGUUUCCCCGGUACUCAUUGAGAAUGUAACUGUGCACUCGAAUCCUAUUGCGGAUCAAAUUUUAAAUUUUUGGAUACGCUUGGAAUAG